AUGGAUUCUAAAUUUGUGAUUUUCUUGUUCUGUGCAAUCUUUAUGCUUGGCACAUGGGUCAGAGGUGAAAGUAAAUCUAAAGGCAAGGUAAGAAUUCUCCUUUUCCUUGUUAUUGUAGUUAAGCUUGUAAUUAUUUAUAAUAAUUGUAACUGCAGUAUAUGGAAAUAUAUUGAAGAAUUAUGCAAGCGCCACAAAAUAUUUUGUUUCCAGUGACAAACCUAGCCUGCGGACAUAUUGCGGCUGUAAUAAGUUUGUGGAAAUUCGUGGCCUUGCUUGUCGACCCCCAGUAGCGCUACUCAGAUCUGGGUAGUUGAUUCUGAUUGGUCACGACUAGACGUAAUGAAUUUUAAUUGGCUGGUUUUAAAUAUCAACGAACGCUGGACUUUGAUUUUCAAAAUCGAAAUAAUAUUUUCUUGACACACAAGUGAUGUUCAUUGUGAAUUUUACUCUUCGAUCCCUAUGCUUCCCCAUGACUUUAUUGAAGAAUCCAUAAAAAUGGCUCUUCCCCUACAAAUCUACUUAAAAUUAUCCAACACUAACAAUAUAUAUAAAUUAUUCAACCCUAUUAAAUUAUCCAACCAUUUAAAGUAUCUAACCCUUAGUCUGCUAACAAUACUGUAUAUUAUCCAACACUAACAAUGUAUAAAAUUUACAAGAUUAAUUACUUCUGUUCGAUUAAAAAAUCUUUGGUUAAUUCAGUAAAAAUUUUAAAAUCCUUGUAGUUUCUAAUGUGAAACGUUUCUAAUUUGAGGCGCUGUCCUAAAAAGUUUUGUUCUCUAAUGGUACUUUUAAACGAAUGCUGCCUUUCGACCAGAGGUUUCUUUCGUUUAUGGACUGUUCUAAACUAAGAUAUUUAGGCCAGUUAGGAAAAUGAAUUGCUUUAAAGGUUUGUUGUAGGAGGUGCAAGUCUCUUCUUUCCUUCAUGGGGAGCCAUCCGACCUUUUCAAGAUUUACCGGCCUUUAACGUAUUUCCCUAGGACGAAGCUUGCUGCGGCAUUUUGGCAUUUCUGGAGCCGCUUCAAAUCUACAUUUAUCAGUGGAUAGAAGGCUGUAUCACCGUAAUCCAGUUUCGACAGGACAAGUAAUUCUGUCAAGGUCUUACGCAAAUUAUACGGGGCCAGGCCGGUGUUUCAGCUUCCUCAACAUGCAAUUGUAGCAUAACAGGAAGCUGUAGUAUUUUUCACAUGUUCGCCCCACUUAAGAUGCUGGGUGAGAUGAAUGCCAAGUUUGUAGUUUGUAGUACUCGACACUGUAGUACUCAGAUCUGAUGCAAAAAUUUCAAAAAAGAAAUAAUGGUUAUUAAGCCGUGUAGCAAAGCACAGAACACGUCACAAAUAAUAUACAAAAUAGUAUAUGGUAAUUAUACAAACUAUGUCUUACGUCUUCUAUAACGACUCUAAAUGCCAUACGCCAAAAUUAUCUACGUUUUUGGCUUUUUAUCCAUCUGCCACAGCGCCAGUUUCGCCAGAGCGCCAGUUUUGCCAGAGUGCCAGUUUCGAUAUCCAAUUGAACAAACAAAAUGCAACAACGAGUUGAAAAUAACGGCAAUUCCGGAGUGGGAUGUGAUUUGUUUAAGUAAAUCAAAGUCAGAACUUUGUUGAAACUCAGCCAAUCAUAUUCUACUGAGUUUAACUAUAACCAAUCAGUAUCAACAACCCACAUCUGGGUAACGCAGCUGGGGGACGACAAGCAAUGUCACGAAAUUUCACAGACUCGGUAUUACAGCAUAAUACUGUACACAGACUCUGACAGACGUAGUAUGCGUCAGUUUAUCUGGGUAUAGACCACUUUUUUCAAAAUCUUAUACUAGCUUCUUAUACCAGAAUACUUCUUAUACCAGAAUACUUCUUAUACCAGAAUACUUCUUAUACCAAAAUACUUCUUAUACCAAAAUACUUCUUAUAUCAGAAUACUUCUUAUACCAGAAUACUUCUUAUACCAGAAUACUUCUUAUACCAAGAUACUUCUUAUACCAGAAUACUUCUUAUACCAGAAUACUUCUUAGACCAGAAUACUUCUUAUACCAGUAUACUCCUUUUUAUACUAGGAUACUUCUUAUACCAACCUUGCAACAAUCAAAAAUGCUUAUCGUAGCUUUAGUGCGCCCCAGAAUCGUUCCCAUUUGCUUUCGGGCAGCAUUAAGAACAGUAAUCGAUUAGCGUCACCUAUAACAGUCAUUGCUAAUAUGAAUAUAUUCAUUUUAUAUUUCUGUGUUGGUGUUGUGUACUCCGGUGAAUAUGAUGUUUGUGAUGUUACUCUGAGUGUAUAUCCACACCGGGCGAGGCCCGGCGAGCUUGAAAAAUACGCCCGGCCACAGUGGGAAUCGAACCUACGACCUUUGGAAUACUAGCCUUUGAAAUACAUAUUUUUCAAGCUCACCCGGUGUGGAUAUACACCCAUAAGAGUAACAUCACAAACAUCAUAUUCACCUGAGUACACAACACCAACACAAAAAAAUCAUGUUACUAGAUUACACUGGUAUCGAGGGAACUAUUCUAAACAACUUACUGUUAUUUUCACAAGCCUUCUCAUGUAACCUGUGCUUCAGCAGGCAUCCCAGGUAUCCCUGGUGUUCCAGGAAAUCCCGGAAGAGAUGGUCUGCCUGGAGCAACUGGUCCUGCUGGUGCGAAAGGAGAUCCUGGGAGGCCUGGGAAAACAGGAAAUGUAGAACUUGUGACGUCACCUUGGAAACAAUGUGUGUGGAAAAGGGAAGAUAUCAAAGAAACAGGAUUGAUACAGGUAUUAAUAUCACUAUAUUUAUUAUUAAAUAAAAGAUAUUUUAGACCUGCGGAGGGGAAUUUAGUGAGGAAAUUAUCCCUGCAUGCAAAACAACCAGCGAUGUUGAGCAUUUAAUGUUUAUUAGUAAAAGAAAUUGUCAAAUCUUCAAAUUGGGCCAAAGGCACUUAACUGAGCGUCAAAUUCCCGAUUAAAGAGAAAAAACCUACAGUAUAAUAAUGUUUUCUAUUCGGCUGCCUCGCCUUGCCUUACUUCACCAUGCUCCCCUGGCUGAACAUUUUUUCCGGAAUUUGGAUACUUCAACUAUUCGAAAAAUUAGCACUGGCCAAAAUGUUUAACGCCGGUAACAUUACUUGGACAAUUGGACAUGCACAUACAUAAGAAAUUAUUGUUCUAUAUAAGUCCCACAAAUUACAGUUAGGCAAUUAAGUGACUGAAUUUCAUUAGAGUAUUAUUGCACCAAACCGUUUGUACUAUACCUAGAACACGAACAGGAGUACUUUAUCAGAUAUAAAAUAUGAGUGCACAGCAACUGUUAUAGUGUUUUAAAUGGCUCAAAAACGACCCAUCUUAUGGGUAGUUCAUUGGCGAAGUAAUUUUAAAAAUAAAUAUUGUCUAGGCCGAGAAAAUUAAAGGUUUAUGUAAAUUAAUGAUUUUUUAUCACAUGUAAAACCACCGACACGGUAGUAUUUCCUCGUCUUUUCUUCAUGAAUUAGUAACAACUUUUUUAAAGGUCACUAACACACUGUGUAUACUAUUUUGUGUUCAAUGUAUAGAGCACAGAAUGACUUUUUUAAUGUGAUUAGAAUAUAUUAAACUAUAGUCUAUAGUGUCUACUGAAGUCAUAGAGAUCUACAUGAGUUGUUCAUAAAUUAAAGUGAACUUAAAAUUACCUUCAUUAAUGGAGAAUUCAAAGUAAACCACCAAGGAGAGUACUUUGAACUAUUGUGGCACAAGGAACUUAUUUAAAUAAAUGUUGGUGCUACACAUUUGAUUAUAAUUAGCACAAGUGUCGGAGACGUGGGGGGGGUCUUAAAAAAGACAACGAGUGAGCAGCGUCUGAUGGGGCCCAUGCGCAGUAAACGGUGGCUCAAUAUUAAUAUUUUUUCCAAAACUGUUGGCGAACGGCGGGGGGGGGGGAGGACGUCGCCAAUUUUUUCCGUUAUACCAAAUUUUUUUCGGACAUAUAGUAAUUUUUCCUGGAAUGCAAAAAUUUUUCCGGACAUAUCCGGAGACGAAAUUUUUUCCGGUCAUAUCGUAACUUUUCGGUCCAACAUACAAAAAUUCUUCCGUAAUAUUUUCAUGAAGUUUGAUUUUUACAAUAGACACUGUAAUAUCUUAAUCCUGAUUGUGAAAAUAAAAAUCUCAAUGUUUGAAAAAAUUUGAUGAUGGCAAGGGCCCACAAGGAGUUCUCGUUGUCUCGACCCUAUCCAGCACGUCCCUGACAAAUGUAUAUUGAAAAUAGCUAUACGUGUGCGCGAAACUGUAUACUCGGAUAAAUUAGAUCUAACUGAUGUCUUUCUUUGACUAUGCAUAGAGCUGUGUUUUCAACAAGAAGUACGACAACACUUCACUUCGUGUAUUUUACGAAGGAAACCUACGUUCUUAUGGCAAUGGUGUUUGCAAUCGAUGGUAUUUUACAUUUGAUGGCGCAGAAUGUGCAAAACCAGCGACUAUUGAAGGAGUUGUUUACGUUAAGUCUACCCAAGUCAACCCCCAUCGUCACCGCCAUAUUGAAGGCUACUGUAACCAGGUUCCUAAAGGUCAUGUACGUGUGGGGUUCUGGAUAGGCAAGUGUCAGGGUUAUAGUCUCGGAAAUGGUGAUACUGGUUGGAAUUCCGUGUCUCGUAUUGUGAUUGAAGAAGUACCACCGCCUCAAGAGUAA